GCCAACUUCAACCCAUCAACGGUCUCUCCCUCCUCUUUUCUUCCCUUUCUAUCUCUCUGGGGGCUGUAUCUCUUUAAUGUCUAAUUAAUUUGGUUUCUGCAUAAAAUAGGGGUGAGAUUUGUGGUCAAUCCGUCAAUGUGCAGGAGUGGCUGUACUAGUGCUGCAAGAUUAAGAUAAAACCAGCCGCUCUCACAAUUUUUUUUUGACACCCUUUCUCUUUUCCUUCUUCCCCCUCUAUUUCGUUGGAUAUGGUUUCUAUUUUUUGUCCAUUUGAUUUAAGGGGGGAACAGUAAGGAAAAGCGGAGGAGGCUACACCAACUGGGGCAUUUUCAUUUUCUGAGACAAAUCUACCCGCCCCAGCGCAGUGACUGAGAGAGGGAGAUAUUAUAAUGGUGGCGUUUGAAGCUCUUGAUUGGUUCCUCUUCUCUGCGACUCGAGCUUGUUGUAGUCCUCUCGCCGUUUUCAUUCAGAUCCAGGGAUGUUUUAUCUGCUUGACUCUUGCAAUAGGAUGGGCUUUUGCUGCUUUCGUCAGGAAUAGAGAGAUCAGAAGGAUGAAGGAUAGUAUCAAACAUGGUAAUAGCUUUGCCUUUCUCUGUCAAGAUAUCAAUGACCUCGAGCACUCUAAUCAGAUCAAGUUGCCAAGGGUGUCAGUUGUCAUGCCUCUGAAGGGGUUUGGAGAACACAAUCUGCAAAACUGGAGAAGUCAGAUCACAUCCCUCUAUGGUGGUUCCCUGGAAUUUCUUUUUGUGGUAGAGAGUACAGAAGACCCUGCUUAUCAUGCUGUAUCUCGGUUGAUCUCUGAUUUUAAUGAUAGCGUGGAUGCUAAGAUUGUUGUAGCUGGUUUAUCAACAACGUGCAGUCAGAAAAUUCAUAAUCAGUUAGUUGGGGUGCAGAAUAUGCAUAAAGAGAGCAAAUAUGUGUUAUUCCUGGAUGAUGAUGUUAGGUUGCAUCCUGGCUCCAUAGGAGCCCUAACUGCAGAAAUGGAAAAGAAUCCUCAGAUAUUCAUUCAAACUGGAUACCCUCUUGAUUUGCCUUCUGGAAGUUUGGGAAGUUACUGCAUAUAUGAAUAUCAUAUGCCUUGCUCGAUGGGUUUUGCAACUGGGGGAAGAACAUUCUUUCUAUGGGGAGGAUGCAUGAUGAUGCAUGCAGAUGAUUUUAGACAUGACUUAUAUGGUGUGGUUUCUGGACUCCGAGAUGGUGGAUACUCUGAUGAUAUGACCCUUGCAGCAAUAGCUGGGGCACAUAAGAGGUUAAUUACAUCACCACCUGUUGCCGUCUUUCCUCAUCCUCUUGCAAGUGAUCUCAGUUUCCCAAGGUACUGGAAUUAUUUGAGGAAGCAAACAUUUGUUUUGGAAUCAUACAUUGAUAAGGUUAACUGGAUGAUGAACCGUGCCUUGUUUUCUUCUCAUUGCUAUCUAUCCUGGGGAUUUGUUAUACCAUACUUUAUGGCAACAAUUCAUAUUGCAGCAGCACUUAGAGCAUACUAUAAGUACUCAGGCGAGGAAACAGCCUUUACUUCUGGCUUGGUACUGGUGGGGUGCUUAGCUAUAUGCACUAUUGUAGAACUCCUUUCAAUGUGGAACUUGACGAAGGUGGAAAUUCAACUCUGCAACAUGUUAUCUCCAGAGGGUCCACCAGUCUCACUUGAUUCUUAUAAUUGGGCCCUUGUCUUUCUUGCUAUAUUGGUCGACAAUUUCUUGUACCCUAUUUCGGCAAUCCGAUCACAUUUUUCUCAGUCUAUCAAUUGGUCUGGUGUUCGGUAUCAUUUGAAGAAUGGGAAGAUAAACAAGAUCGAGAGGAGUAAGGAGUGUAAUUUAAGAUAUUCAGAUUUGGGUGGAAAACAUCUGUACGGGAAGAGAAGCGCUUUACCAAAAAAUUCAUUCCUUGGAUCUUUGGCAAGAAGUUUAGCACAGUGGCAACAACCCAAAAAAUUUGAUGGGUAGCAGGCUUCAGUAACUGAAAAUUGGUGGUGGACUUAGGAGAUGGGAAAAUUCUUUUUCUUUUAUGUAGUUAUUUAGUUUCUUUUUUUUUCAUUGUUUUUUACUUCUCAUCAAGUGAUUGAUUCUUCAUGUUCAGCCAUUAGCAACCAGGUUGAUUGUUUUGUAACAUUAUAGUUAUACAUAAUUAAAAUUCAAUUUGAAACAA